AUGCGCACUGCGCGGAUGCUGGAAGGAGAAGACUGAAAGAUCGAAUCGGCCCCAUUUCAGCAGAUUUUUCUAGAAAAACAACAACAACAACAACAAAAAUGUCUUAUAAAACACGUCCACAUUCCUCCUACAAUAAGAUGUUCGGUGGGGAGAGAGCGGCGGUCAGGACCAGUUACUCCAGCCGCCAGUUCUCCAUCCCGACGCGCAGCACCUGCGUAUCCUACGGACUCUCCUCCGCUCCGACCGUUUACGCAUCGAAAACCCGGCGGCUGCGGAGCAGCUCGGCCAUGCCCCGACUGGCCUCCGACAACUUGGACUUCUCCUUGUCCGACGCUAUCAACACCGAGUUCAUAACCAACCGCACCAACGAGAAGGCGCAGAUGCAAUCCCUCAACGACCGCUUCGCCAACUACAUCGAGAAGGUGCGCUUCUUGGAGCAGCAGAACAAGAUCCUGCUGGCCGAGCUGGAGCAGCAGAGGGGGAAAGGCACGUCCCGCGUGGGAGAUCUGUACGAGGACGAGAUGAGGGAGCUGCGGCGCCAGGUGGACCAGCUGACCAACGAGAAGGCCCGCGUGGAGGUUCACCGGGACAACCUGGCGGAUGACGUCGACAGGCUGAGAGAGAAACUGCAGGAUGAGAUUUCCCAGAGAGAGGAAGCUGAGACAACCAUGCAGAGCUUUCGACAGGAUGUGGACAACGCCACCCUUGCCCGACUGGACCUAGAGCGGAAGGUGGAGUCACUCCAGGAUGAAAUCAACUUCCUCAAGAAGCUGCAUGAGGAGGAGAUGCUGGAAGUGCAGAACCAGGUCCAGCAGCAGCAGCAUGUGCAGGUGGACAUGGAGCUGGCUAAACCCGACCUCACAGCUGCUCUGAGAGACGUCCGCCUGCAGUACGAGAACCUGGCCUCCAAAAACAUCCAGGAGUCUGAGGAGUGGUACAAGUCCAAGUUUGCUGACCUCACUGAAGCUGCAGCUCGGAAUAACGAUGCUUUGAGAGGGGCCAAACAGGAGGCCAAUGACUACAGACGCCAGGUUCAGGCGCUUACAUGUGAGGUGGACACCCUUAAAGGAACUAAUGAAUCCUUGGAGCGCCAGAUGAGAGAGAUGGAGGAGAACUUUACUCUGGAGACCAACGGAUACCAAGACAACAUCGGCCACCUGGAGGAGGACAUUCACAACAUGAAGGACGAGAUGGCUCGCCACCUGCGGGAGUACCAGGACCUUCUCAAUGUCAAGAUGGCUCUGGACAUUGAGAUUGCCACCUACAGGAAGCUGCUGGAAGGAGAGGAGAGCAGAAUCUCCACUCCACUGCCAAACCUCUCAUCACUAAAUCUGAGAGAUGCAGUUGCUGAUUCCAAGCUUCACCUUGAAACCACAACAACCAAGAAGGUCCUCAUCAAGACCAUUGAGACCAGGGAUGGUCAGGUGAUCAUCGAGUCGACCCAGAACCACGAGGACAUGGAGUGACUUUGAUAUUGCCUAAACCACCAACAAAAGCAAUCUGAAAAA